CCAUAAUUCCCCGCGCCAGGACAAGAUGGAAGAAAGCAGCGACCGCCGGAGAACAAUGUUUUGGCAAUAAAACCCCGAAGCGGCGACUAAGGACGGAAUAUACGCACGUUUAAACCCAACUGCGGUCAUGUGUAGGAUAUCCUCUCCCUGCAUUCCUUACUAGUUUUCUUGCCCUCCUUCCCCCUGCACGAAACAAAAACACCGCCAUGAGUAUUAUCCAGGACAAACUAGGCAACGAGUUUCUGCGCAACGGUGGCAUGGACCCCAACUUUGCUCCAGGCAUGCUCAUGUUUAGCCACCUGCCGCCCGUCACCAGCUUCACACGGCUGGCCUCCCAGUCCGUUAUGGGCGAGCUGCCCCAGGAGAUGAUCCUCAAGAAGGAGCGUGACUCCCCCCCUGAACACCAGGGUGCCGCUGCCGCCAACACUGGGGGUUUCCUCCAUGGCAUGGGCAUUAAGCAGGAGCGGCUGAGCGAACUGGACUACCGCAUGCCCCUCUAUAGUGGGGGUGGAGGAGGUGGAGGAGCAGGGGUGAACUGUGCUGGAGGGGGCGCGGGGAAGAGUGGCGCUGACAUGCUGGAGAUGUCCUUUGGCAGCCACCACCACAACCACCAGAACAUGCUUCUGCAUGAUCUCAGCCUCAGCAACGUUCGGGCCAUUGGAGAACCGAUGCCUGGAAGACCAGGAAAAGAGCCAAAAGAGUCUGCAGGUAGAAGAGGGCGGAGGAGCAACGGGGACGGGCAGGGAGGCAAAGCCCGCAGGAAACGCAGUGAUGCCACAAAGGCCAUGAUGCUAGAUGCAGAUGGGGCCUGCCUGUCCCCCAACUCAAAACCACAUAUCUGUGAGCACUGCAACGCUGCCUUCCGCAGCUCCUACCACUUGCGCAGACACGUGCUCAUCCACACAGGUGAGAGGCCUUUCCGGUGCAGCCAGUGCAACAUGAGCUUCAUUCAGAAGUAUCUGCUGCAGCGGCACGAAAAGAUCCACAGUGGGGAGAAGCCUUUUAGCUGUGACCAGUGUAACAUGCGCUUCAUCCAGAAGUACCAUAUGGAGCGGCACAAAAGGACACACAGUGGCGAGAAGCCAUAUCGAUGCGAUACCUGCCAACAAUUUUUCUCAAGAACAGACCGGUUACUGAAGCACAAACGGACUUGUGGAGAAGCCAUAAAGAAGGGCCUGGACCCCAACAUGCUGGAGCUCAGCGAGGCAGAGCUAGGCCAGGGCAGCUAUUCACUCACUCAGGGAAACGCUACCACCUCUGGACGUAAGAGGGCCAAGUCCAAAAACAGCGAGGGCGGCGAGCGUAAGAGGAAGAAGAAUGCCUCAGCAGUGGGGGGGGUGGCAGCGGCCUCGUCCUCUGGGGAGAUGGCCCGUGACCUGGGCCUACAGGACUUCAGCAUGGAACAACCCUCAGGCUCCGGCCCCCCCAUGCAGGGGCGCACUCCCAAAUUAGUCUUCAAAAAAGCCGGCCGUAAGGGUCUGGACAAGGGCCUCCUCUCCCUGGAAGACGGUGCCGAGUCCUCCACCUCCCUCCACGGACAGAAGCUGCUGUCCCAGAAACCAGGCUCGAUGGAUCAUGUGGGGGGUGCAGGCCUGGAUAACAUGGGGCUGCUCCAGGGAGCAGGGGGCACCAAGCAAGGGCCCACCACCAGCAGCAACUAUGACGACGCAAUGCAGUUUGUGAAAAAGCGGCGCUACCUCCAUGCGGCCAACAGUGACUACGGAGCCAGCUCACUGCAUAUGGCACCCCAGGGCAGUAGUGUAAUCCAGGGCUCCCUGGGGCCUGAGCCUACUCUGGCCAUGCUGGACUCCUCGCCUUUGGAACUCAAGCAUGACAAGUCGGGCAUCCCAGAUGAGGUGCUGCAGAGCCUACUGGACCAUUACAGCCACAAGCCAGAAGGCACACACCACCACGAUGUGACUUUCGACCUGUCAGACCACCCGCACCAUGUGGACCUGCAGCCCGCCGCCCCUGUCACCCCCGAGCUCGAGGAUGACUCACCCAACAGUGGAGACAAAACAGUAGUGAUGAGCGAGUACUCAAAGUUCCUUCUACAGGCUUUGGAGCGCACCAGCCACAGUGGACCCUUCCCAAGCCUGGGCCCCACUGGGCCCUUCCCACUCCUAUCCAGCAGCUCCAGUCCCACAGGGCCCCUCUUUUCCGAUAAGCAUGUCUAUACCACAUCACCGCUGGAGUGCGGCUACCCGCCUGCCGUCUCCUCCCCAGUACCCAUUGCCGCUCCCUCAUCAACCUCCUCAUCCUCUUCUUCCAAGUCCCACUUUGGCAUGCUGGUUGGCUCUCCCUCCCAGGCGGGCUACCACCUCAGCUUGGAGUCAACCAGCCACCAGCAGCUUACUCCAUCUCAGGAGCUGACCGAGCAGUUGGAGAAGCAACACUCCCCCGGCGCCUUUAACCUACCUCCCCAGGACCUGACUGCCCCGGCAGAGGGCCCAAAGGGGCAGCAGGUCAAGGCUGGAGGGAGCACCGCACCCACCAACGGCUCCAGCUACCCAGAUCUGUCCCCACUGAACCCCCCCAAGGAAACCACAUACCAGAUUGAGAACUUCGCUCAGGCUUUUGGCUCCCAGUUCAAGUCGGGGCGCCGAACCCCUCUGAGCUACGGCAGCGAUCCUGGGGCAGAGGUCGACCCCCGAAUACGGACUCCAGUGUCAGAAUUCUCAGGGUAUACCAGUUUGUUAGCUGACGUCAGUGAGCCAGUGAGUACAGGAUCGAAAACCCCGACAAGCCAAAGUUUCAGAUAAGGGUCAAACGAGGUGAACCCAGUUGGGGGCUGUUCUAUUACUCUCCGUGCUGUCCCUAUACCCAUCUUAAUUUUGUUCUUGUAGCGAAGUAAUUUUUUUAAAACACUGCCAUUAAAUGUUGAUACAAAAAACUACCAGGGAGGGUCUUCCAUGGCCUCAAAUGCAAUUUUUUAAAUAUUCUCUUUUUCAUUAUGUAUUUAGUCGCUUAAUUUUGUUUAGAGUAGUGGAUAUGAUAUGAACGUAAACCGUAGAUUUAAACGUAAUUUAAAACAUUUAGAGGGUAGCUAUGAACUUGCUUGAUUGUUUCUUUUUCUUUCUCUGAACCCUUGUGUUUUACCAAUCAUCAUACCAUUGUAAAGUAAUAAUGAAUAAUGUUGAUAAUUUCAAUAAUAAUAAUGUUUGUGGCAGGGAAAGGCCCAGAAUUCAAAUGGCAAAAAAGUAUAUAUUGUCUGUUACAAGAAACGUAUUAACUCAGGAAAUAGGCAAAAUUGUGUAAUAAGACUUUGUAUUAUGAGAUGCAAUUAGCACACUUUUUACAGGUGUACUUUGAGACUACAAAGCUUUCUUUUUUUCUUUUCUUUCUUUCUUUUCUUUUUUUUUUUUCUACUCAUCAGAACAACAAAAUACAAUACGUGAUCGUCCUGUUCGGUUUCUACUGCGUUUAGCUUUGUGGAGAUUAUGGUACUGUUGUGUCAAUGUGAAGACAUCCACUGACAUUUUUUAAGAGCCACACUUGUACAUGAGGUAGUAUGGAUUCUUGUGGAUUUUUAACCCAUGGUGUGCACACAGCAUGUUCUGAUCAGAAGAGGAUGUUAAUGACUGUUGUUUUGUCAGUAUACAGUGUCAGUUGAUGAAGACCGCCUAACCAUGCACUCCUUCUGGUUGCGCCCUCCAGUGGCCCGUACAAGACACGUAAGCCUAGACAAAAUCCUACCCAAAAGUCAAACUUCUCACUGAAGGCCGCUGCUCAUUGGCAUCAUGGCCCUCCGUUUCCGAAUGCAAUGGACAACAGUCCUCCUUGAUCUAGUAAUCACUUCAUCAUGCUGUUGCCGACUUGAUUUUUUUUCUCACCACUUUCAACUCCUUGCUGUUCAUUUCUUAUCAACGGAAUCAAACAAGCACUUUUUUUUAACAAAUCAUUGGAAACGACAACAACCCAUUCAAAUUGCAUAUGUGAUAAAAGUGAUUAUUAUGAUGAUGAUUAUUAAUAUUAUUUUAAGAGGAGAAAACUGUGAAAGAGGGUUGGGUGGGAGGGAGGGUGGGAGGGAGGGAGGGCGGCAGAGCGGGUUGGAUGAUUGUUUCAUGGGGUUAGAUAGGGGUUGACUAGGCAUGACCAUGGGCAUUUAGAUGUAUAUUGUUGCUUUUAUUUUUUCCAAGGGUAGAAGGGAGGGGUGGGGGAUUUCUUUUGUCCUUUAUUGUUUUGAUGGUUUGUCGGGUGAUGUAAAAAGAUGAUUUGCCAUAAUUUUGUUAUACAAUAUUCUGAGAGUACCUCUUUUGUAUUUAAGUUGUUCUGUGAGAGGGGCUGAUAUGCUGGAACCUUUUUUUUUUUUUCAAACCCUCUGGGGAUGAUGGAUGCAUACCCAAACCCUUUUUAUUUAUUCUCAACUAGCCACAGCAGAACUCAGUAGCAGAUAUUUUUGGCAAGUAAUCACCGGACCUACACCCCUAUUCCCCUCUUUUUACUUUUUUUUUAAACCCCACAGUUUAAAUAAUUGCAAACUGGCUUCAGUGAUACAACCUGAAAAGUUAAGGUAUACCCCCCCACCCCCACCCCAAAAUGCAGUCCUGCACUCACAAGAAUAAACAAUGGCCUUCUUUGUCUUCCAUGGCUAAAGCCAUUCUACCCCGGCAGCCAGGGUUGAUAUUUAAUUUAGUUCAUUUCCUGUGAGCCGUACCCCCCUUCCUUUUCCUAUGUCUGUGAGCUCCACAGCCAAGAGACUUUGAAGCUGCUCAGAUCGCAGGGAACAAAGACUGACUGACUGGCCACUUCACUCGAAACACACACUAUGCUUUUAAAAGAGAGGAAAAAAAAGAGUGGGUGAGAUGGAGAUAAAAAAAGACAAUAGGAUUGACCUAAAUAUACCUCAUAUCACUAAAGCGUAAGAAAGCAGGGACACGCGUUUCAUGUAUUUAGUGGAAAUAUUUGUAGUAUAGGUUUGACAUAUUGUAUAAUCAUUUAACACCGCCUGUGUUUACAAUUAUAGAGAGCAAUUGACUCGUCAAAAUGCAAAUGUAUUAUCUUAUUUCUUUUUUCUUUUUUUUUUGUCUGUAAAAGCAUUCACACCAAGCAGUGUUGCAUUCUAGAUGCCUGAUAGAACGUUCAUUUUUUUCAUGUUAUAUCCCUUAUUUUUGUUACUUGCCAUAAUGUGUUUUGAUAUGAUCUCUAGAAGGAUAUUGUUUACAAAAUGUACAAAAACACUAAAAAUGUGUGUUCUCUCUCUC